AUCCCGCUGACAUACGGUUCUAACUGGUUUGGAGGGUCUGGACCGGUCCGGUUUUGUUUCUCUGGACCUUUAAUCAUCAUUCAGCAUCAGUGGGGAGUUUUGGAGCAGGUCACUGAUUUACAGCUGAGACACAGCUGCAUGAAUAAAGCUUGUAAUGGAUGAAUGAAUGAACUGAUUCGUUUGUCUUCUGAGGAUAUGUUCGGAAUCUUUAGGUCAUCUGAUGAUGUCAUAGCCGUGUGUGUGUGUGUGUGUGUGUGUGUGUGUGUGUGUGUGUGUGUGUGUGUGUGUGUGUGUGUGUGUGUGUGUGUGUGUGUGUGUGUGUGUGUGUGUGUGUGUGUGUGUGUAGUGGGCGGAGGGCUUCACACACACCAAAGCUGCCGACUGAACGGACCGAAGCUGCAAGAUGGAAGUCAAAUCCCCCUCUGAGAACUCUAGGGGCGGGGCAAACAAGGACUGUGACCAAUCAAACAAUGGGAUGGUCCUGCAUCACAACACAGGCCAAGCUCCACCCCCUACCUCUGAUAGGCUGCAGGAGGCCAACAGCAGUGAGGAACUUUCAUUGAGUGAGUCCUCCACCGACGAAAGGGCUCACCUUCUGCCAGCCCUCCAGACAGAUUUGGACACUUCAUCAGAGCCACCUGAUACUCCUUGUUGUGUUCCUCCAACUUCCUCCUCCAUUUCUGCUCCUCCUGUAUCUCAGUCCUCCUUCUGUAACCAACAUCAUCAUCAGGACACCAAUCAGACGACUGUUUCUUCCAACAAGUGCCACACCUCCUUCAAUAUGGAUGCUGCUCACAUUAAGAAAGUGGCUGGAGAUGAUUGCUUUGUCCACUGCCUGCUGUCCUGCCUGUUCUGUGAGCUGCUGUCCAUCUGCUCAGCGGUGGGGGAUUGUCUGCUGUGCGGACUCGGUAGCGGCGGCUGCUGCGACGCUCUGAUUGGCUGCUGCGUGGACACAGUGGGAGAGGCGGCCUGCACAGAGGAGGUGUGUCAGGCCGUGUUGGACUGUGGAAUACCGGAAAACUGCUGUGGCUCGGCUGAAUGCUUGGAGAUCUGCCUGGAGUGCUGCUCCAUCAUCUUCCCAUCGUGAAACAGCCAACCAGAGAACUGCAAAGGGAGGUCACAGCUAACAAAAGCCGUGUUUCCAGUUGAGGAGUCAGAGAAAUUUCUGAGAUGGGGAAAAAUAUGCUGGCUCCGCCUCUCAGGCGUGGUGUCACCAUACAAAGUUGGCCCUUUCACGGCUUUAAGACGUCAGAAAAUGGCCGUGCAUGUGGAGGGAUUUCCAAUACAUGUUCAGAAUUGGGAGUUUAGAAAAGGUGAAUUUGCUGGUUGUUUGGGAAUGUCUGACAAAAUCAUUCCCCACUGAAUUGCAACUAAUCAGCAUCAGUUAACCAGCUGUCCCGGCCAUUGACUACUGGGACAUUUCUAAGUACUCGGUCGGGCCCUUAAACGGCCUGGUCAGAUGGAGACACGCCCACACCUUAACUCGUUCACUGCUAAAGUCGUCAUUUGCAUUUUUUUACUGUGUGGGCGUCGGACGAGCCCCCGCGCCGAGAGAACAAACAUCUCAGCUCUGAAGCCGAUCUUCAUCCACGUACGUCACACGUCACGUGACCAGGAAGCAGAACAUCCGUGUGUUAGGAGAUCGUUUUGGGCCGUUCCUGUAAAAAAAAAAGUGAGGAGUGAACCGGAAAAGCUUCUGCCGAUCACAAUUCAACAACGGAUUAUGAAAGAACGGAUAACGCUCGAAACACGCAGAUUCUUCCUGAUGUAAGAGGCGAGUCUCUGCUUUAUUUGCUUGCUUUGGCAUCGACAUCAUCCUAGCGCGCAAUGUUCUGUCAGUAAAAACGGUGAGAAACGCUGUCAGCGUAGGGCUUUAGCGAUAAGGAAACGUCUGGCAGCGAAUGAGUUAAAAAUACCUGGAAGUUCCGAUAGUGGAAACGGGCCAAAAGAUAUGGACCUCAAUGGUCUGGGUGGCUCUACUUCUGCAAGUUUGUUCUAGAAGUUAAAGGCUCAUAGGAAACAGUUACUACGAAUGUUGAAAGUGUUUUAGAUGUAGAAGCUCCUACAAACUUUAAAUCAGGUUACCGUGGAAACACGUCGUUGUCGUCUUCCUCCGCCGCUUAUCCGGGUCCGGGGUCGCGGGGGCAGCAUCCCAACUAGGGAGCUCCAGACCGUCCUCUCCCCGGCCACCUCCACCAGCUCCUCCGGCAGGACCCCAAGGUGUUCCUGGACCA